AUCCCAUCUUCGAGCAAACACCUAAUAGAAAUCACGGAACAUAAACAUAGAUUAUUCAAUCUAUUAACACUUGAGUAAAUCUACCAUGACGAACUCGGUUGUUAAUGUGGCACUACUAGGGCUUUGCAUACUGCAAGUGAUGAGCUUACUUGCACUGCAAGCCAACGCCAGGGCUUUUCUGGUUUUCGGAGAUUCCCUUGUCGACAAUGGUAACAAUGACUUUCUAGUUACCACUGCUCGUGCCGAUAAUUACCCUUACGGUAUCGAUUACCCAACUCACCGUCCCACCGGCCGUUUCUCCAAUGGUCUUAACAUUCCUGACCUCAUCAGUGAGCAUUUGGGUCAAGCAUCUUCAUUGCCGUACCUGAGUCCUAUGCUGAAGAAAGACAAACUCUUAAUCGGUGCCAAUUUCGCUUCUGCCGGUAUUGGAAUCCUUAACGACACUGGAAUCCAGUUUUUGAACAUAAUUCGGAUCACAAAGCAAUUGGAGUACUUCCAGCAGUACAAGGUCCGACUGAGUGGGUUGAUCGGUGAAGAAGAGAUGGAGCGGCUUGUUAACGGAGCUCUUGUCCUGAUAACACUCGGAGGCAACGAUUUCGUCAACAACUACUACUUGGUUCCUUUCUCUGCAAGAUCUCGCCAAUUCUCUCUCCCUGACUACGUUGUCUAUAUCAUUUCUGAAUACCGCAAAGUUUUACGGAAAAUGUACGAUUUGGGUGCUCGACGUGUCCUGGUGACGGGAACAGGGCCGAUGGGUUGCGUCCCGGCCGAGCUGGCUCAACGUAGCCGCAACGGCGAGUGUUCUACAGAACUACAACGAGCCGCGUCACUAUUCAACCCACAGCUCGUGCAAAUGAUCAACGACCUGAACAACGAAGUUGGAUCUUCGGCCUUCAUCGCCGCUAAUACUCAACAAAUGCACAUGGAUUUCAUCAGUAACCCACAAGCAUAUGGAUUCGUAUCGUCGAAAGUGGCUUGUUGUGGACAAGGGCCGUACAAUGGGAUAGGACUAUGCACACCGAUAUCUAAUCUUUGCCCAAACAGAGAUCUCUUCGCCUUUUGGGAUCCAUUUCAUCCAUCAGAGAAAGCAAGUAGAAUCAUUGCUCAACAAAUCCUAAAUGGCUCUCCCCAAUACAUGCAUCCCAUGAACCUCAGCACCAUCCUCUCUCUUGAUUCCAUGGCUUAAUCUUCUUUUCAUCUAUCCCAAAUCCAUUCUGCGUUCUCUUUCUAUUAAUUGUUUUGAUAUUCUAUUUUAAUUAUGUAUUUCUACAUGGCUGCUUUAACUAGUUUCCAUGAUGUUGUGAGUUUUGUGUUCUUUAUCAAUAAUUUAGUCUCCAAAUGUGAGCUGAGAAGUAAUGUCUGUUUUCG